GGCCAUCCGAUCCAUUGACAGACGCCGACAAUGACAGUGAGCACGCCGUGGGUGCACCUUUCCCUUGCAAAGGUGGACUUCCUCGAUGCUUGCUGUGUUGGACUUUUCACCUUGGUCGUUCUCCCGGUUCUCACCCUCGCGGUCUAUCGGCUGUACCUCCAUCCACUCGCAACCCAACCAGGACACAUCUUCACUAGAUUAAGUGCCUGGCCAAAUGGGUACCAUGCCGCAAAGGGAGACCGACAUACCUGGCUUCAUGGCCUCCAUGCCAAAUAUGGUCCCGUCGUCCGUUUCGCCCCCAACUGCCUAUCUUUCAACACCACCUCUGCGAUAGACUCAAUCUACAAGUCUCGCAAGGCCAACAUUAUCAAAGCGGACUGGUACCAAUGUGUUCGCGACUCAGCUGGAGGCUUUGAGAGCACGCUAACUGCCAGGCAUAAGCCAAGGCAUGGUGUCAAGCGGCGGCUGUUGUCAUAUGCCUUCUCAGAGAAAGCCCUGAAGGACUACGAACCGCUGAUCAAUAAGAACGUUGGAACGUGGCUGCGCCAGCUCGAGCAGGAAGCCAGCAGCACCGGCGGAGGGACAGUCGACCUCGGGAGGUGGAGUGAAUACCUCAUCUUUGACAUCCUUGGCUAUAUUUGCUUCUCCAAGUCCUUCGGAUUGUUGGAAUCACCCGAGGGCCGGCACAUCACACAGCUUGUGCCGCAGGCCACGAGAUGCUGGUACACGAUUGGCUAUCAUCCCCUCACCCAGCCUCUCCGCUAUCUCCUCUUCAAGACAAGACUUGGACCCUACAUCGGAGGUCAGUCAUACCGAGACAAUAGGCGAUUUCGUGAUUAUUGUCUCAGCGCCCUAAAAGAGCGAAGAGGGAAAGAAAGCCAACCAGGUAAAAGCGUGCUGGAUAAGGAUAUGUUUCACCACCUACUUAAUGGCAGAGACCCGGAAACUGGACAAGCGUACAGCAUUGGGGAUCUGGCCUGCGAAAGCGUGCUGCUCAUGGUGGCGGGUUCCCAAUCGACAUCUGGCGCCCUGGCAGCUACCAUUCACUAUCUGGUCAACCGGCCUGAGACCCUGGCGAGGUUGCAGGAAGAGGUGCGAAACGCCUUCCCGGGAGACCAAGAAAUUCGCUACGAGCCCGGGAACAAACUCGCGCAACUCCCAUAUCUCAGAGCCUGCAUUGAUGAGAGCCUGCGGCUGACACCACCGACGCCGGGACAUCUCCCUCGUGAGAUUCUUACCCACGGCCAGCAGGUCGACAGCGUAUGGGUGCCCCCCGGAACCACCGUAGGAGUUUCAGCGUACUCGGUUCACCGGAACGAGAUAUAUUUCUCGGACCCUUACGAGUUUCGCCCAGAGCGAUGGCUCAAUGGUGACGAUGGUAGCAGCUAUCGUGGAUCAAGCACGGCUUUCAAUGCUUUCAGCGCCGGUGCGACGGGGUGUAUCGGAAAGCAGCUUGCGUACAUGGAGCUUUCCCUCGCGGUUGCUAUGCUGGUCCGUCGCUUUGAUAUGCGAGUCGACCAUCCCGGCGGGGCCAAGUAUGAGUAUCGAGUUAAAGACGUAUUUGUGGGUGAAGGAAAUGGUCCCCACGUACAGCUCGGUUUGUAG